AACUGGUCAGUAUAAACCCGAAAAAGACUAAGAAUCAGCAGAAGUGAACUCAUACUGAGCCAAGAUGAAAGCGUUUUGUGUCGCUGUUCUUGUGCUGAAUUUCAUCUCUGUGUGCCAGCCUUCAUCAGUGGCCUGUGAGAGGUAUCUAAAAACAGCAGAUAGGGAGCAAGAUCUGACUGGGAAAUGGUACCUUAUAGCCAUGUCCUCAAACAGCUGCUGGGCUACUGCAUUCAGUGUCCUACCUUUCGGUGUCUAUGUGAACAUUACGGCAAUGGAAGAAGCAAACAUCUAUGAAGCCACCUUUUCACUGAAAAUGUUUGGGCAGUGUAAAAAUUUAACUUCAAAAAUUCACUACGAAAAAAGCACCAUAACUGAGAUUGACAGCAAGGGUGCCAAAAGUGAUAAUGUAAUGAUACUUCUUCAAAGGAGGUGCCAUGAUUGUAUUGUUAUAAAGGGAGAUGGCUUCACUGACAUUCUUGUGCUUUUAAGUAAGCGAAUGUCCAUCACUGAUGAUGAGAUGGAGGCAUUUGAGAUACAAGCAGAAUGUCGUUACUUGUACAAACCACAGAUCUUUGGUUCUGAUCAUGACUACGAGAACUGCACAGUUGACGAUGGCAAGACUGAAUAUGCUUCUUCAGAAAUUCCCCAUAUGCGACAAGCAGUGCUAAACAUCUUCUCACAGGUCUUCACAUGCGUACAAGACAAAGUUUUGUAUUACCCCCGUGCUGCCUUCCAGUGGGUGCAGUCAACAUGGAGUAAUUUGUGGUGAAUGUAGAGAGACACGCUAUAAUAAAUAUUUGCUUAUUUCAAUCAUGUGCACUUGAAACCGUGCUGUCUUUAGUUUAAAGAUUUGAAGAGAGUGUAGAAUGAAUUAUAAAUACUACAGUUUACAGAUGAACAAUAUUUGAAUAUUAAUUCAAAAUAUCAUUAUAAUGCAUUUAUAUCUGUCCUUUACCUCUCAACUACUAUUCAUCCAACUUGCUGAGGUCCAGAGUAAGGGCAGUGUCUAUUUUAAGGAUGCUCUAAAGUGCUGUGUUCCAAUUUUUUCUGUCGCAUUUCUGUUGCUAUUAAACAUUUAUGAAAUUCAGUGUGGAAUCAACUGUCAAAAGACUCAAUCUUCCAAAGACUCAUUUCCUCAAAAAAUCACUGUUUCAGCAGAAUUUUCCAGGGGUCCUAUCUGGACAAAAAGACAGUCAUUUGAAAUUUACAACCUCUGUAAAUGAUUUUACAUAAAGUGGAAUUCAUAUUUAGACAUUGUUAUGAUGAGCCCACCUACUUCAAUAUCAAAAGAACAGCAGAUGUAAAUGUCAGAGGGUUUAAAUAUGGUCAUUUUGGUUUUCUAUUCCCUAAAAAAAAACGUUCAAGCGUUGACUUUAAUUCAUGGACCAAAAGGUGUAAUAACUACACUUGUAAAAACUUGUGAAAGUUCUAGUCAGUAAUAGCUUAAAAAAUAAAGUGAAAAUGAAAAAAUUAGCUAUAUGAAUAAGAGACACGAGAGAAUUUAAAAAUGCAAUAUGUCUCCUGCCUUUUCUCAAAGGCCAAAGUGUAACUUUACUUACACACAAACAUCACAAUAAAUAAUGAGUUGUGGGAAAGUAAA